AUGGCAAAUGAGGACCAAGCUAAUGCUAAUGGAACGGGUGCUACUGUUACGAGUGUUGCUGCCUCGUCGAGCCGUUCAACUCCUACUCAUGCUAUGGCACCAGCAGAAAAACCCGGAAAGUUUUCCGGUAUUGACUUCAAACGUUGGCAAAUGAAGAUGUUCUUCUAUCUUACUACGUUGAGUUUGCAGCGAUUCAUCAAGGAGGAUCCUCCGGUCGUGGCUGAAGCGUUAUGGAAUGCGCUUGAGAAGAAGUACAAGACUGAGGAUGUUGGACUUAAGAAGUUCGUGGCUGCAAGGUUUUUGGAUUUCAAGAUGGUUGACACUAGGUCGGUCAUAACUCAAGUCCAAGAAUUACAAGUCAUUGUGCAUGACCUCCUUGCUGAAGGUAUGGUCAUAAAUGAGGCCUUUCAAGUCGCCUCUUUCAUUGAGAAGUUACCUCCGUUGUGGAAGGACUUUAAGAACUAUCUAAAACGCAAGUGUAAGGAAAUGACACUUGAAGAUUUGAUUGAUAAAGAAGACAACAAAAAUGCUGAAAAGAAGUCACGUGGCAACUCGACAAUAAUAAGGGCUAACAUUGUUGAGGAGGCGCCACAAAAUAAGAAGAGAAAGAAGACUUCUGGACCAAACAAUUACCCAAGCAAGAAAAAGUUCAAGGGUAAUUGCCACAACUGUGGAAAGUCUGGGCAUAAGGCCGUGGUCUGUCGUGCACCAAAGACUGAUGUACAAAAGAAGAAGAAUAAGAAGAAUCAAGCUAACAUGGUUGAAAAUGUUGAAGAAAUGGAGGACUUGUGUGACAUGUUGUCUGAAUGCAACUUGGUAGGAAAUCCUAAAGAAUGGUGGAUUGAUUCUGGAGUCACGCCCAUGUUUGUGCUAACAAGGAGUUAUUUUCUUCUUAUGCCCCCGCAGGACCCGACGAGUCAAUUUUCAUGGGAAAUUUGUCUACAGCCAAAAUUGAAAGAGUUGGCAAGAUUGCGUUGA